GCGUGCCGCCGCUGCUCCACGGGUUCCAGUGCUCCAUCAAUCUACCGCACCAUCGCAGUCGUCGGUCGGCGGAGUUAGUACGUAUAAACGGUAACCGCCCCACACACGAGCGCGCCACCGCAGAAUGCGCUUUCAAGAGCACGGCGGCAGAGGCGCGCGGCGUUCGUAAAAUUGCCUUUCGUUGGAAUGUUGCACGGGGAUUGCUACAGACAGCGUGCUGAGAACGAGUCGAGAAACGGCAGAGAGACACUCUCAGCGUGCCCUGCGAUCAGCGAACUCUGUCUACUCCUCUGUGGCAGGAGGCAUGCGCGCAGGCUUUCGCCUCAAGCUAGGACGACUAACUACAUAGGGAAGAGCCUUCGAAGGUGCCGCCCUGGAGGAAGAGGUGACGUGGCCCGCCCAUGUGGCCACUGAAGCGUGCUGACGUCGCCGGCGGUGGGCUGGUGACCGAGAAUGGCGCACGUACUGCUUCCCUGCGACGUGCCCACCUGGCCCGAGGUGGAGCGACACCUGAGCCAGCUUCGGUUCGCACACUCGCCCGAACAGCUGGUGGCCGACAUGCAGCGCAUCUACGACCUCUGCUGUGUGGGCCUCGACCCGGAGGACCCGCCGCGGGAGGAGAUUCGGCUGGACCUGCUCAAGCGCUUCCUCAAAUCCCUGUCGGCCGACGAGAGCCGACGCUUCUUCGACUCCACGCUACCAGCUUUAAUCAGCUGCGCGAUGCGACUGCGCGAGCUGCGGCCGCCCGGCGGCUUCCUCUACUGCCUCCAGCAGCAGGACGGGAUGUUCGCGCUAAGCCGUCCCUUCGUGGCUUCACUACUGGCCAACUCGUUCUUCUCCACGUUCCCCAAGCGCACAUCCAGGACGCACCCGACGCUGCUCGACUUCAACUGCUCCGAGCUGUUUCCCUUCCUUGACACACCGUGUCACUGUGAAAAGCUGAGGAGCCUGUUCGCCUACUUCGACUGCACCUUCCAGGAUGAACCGGAGGGCACCGUGUACUUCUGCAGGCAGGUGACUGCCCCCAAAAACCAGAUGUCGCUGCCCGAGUGGAUGUGCAGCGACUGUCCCCUCUGUCCACUCAUGGUCCGCACCAGAGGACUGAUCGAGGAAGCCGAACCGAUCUUGCUCAAGUGCUAUCCUUCUAGCGCUAACGUCGGAAACGAAUUUCUCGGAAGCAAUUGCACUAUGGAGUGUUCGGUGUUCCUCAGCUGUCCCGAGGUUCUAACCGCACUGCUGUUCGUCGAGCUUCUGGGCGACAACGAAGCGCUCACUGUGGACGGCCUGUUGCCACUCGAUCCGAGGCCACGGGUCAACGGAGAACCGGUGUUCGGCCCUUCCGAGUGCUCCGUGUGCCUUCUGGACAUCAAGGACCAUUCCUCCCGGCCGAUGGCGCAGUUUGAGGACGCGUCCCUGCUUCGGGAGCUCAACAAGUGCCUCGUCGCCUUCCGGCAGGCCCUCACUCAGCGUAGACCCUCGCCCGUGGGCCAGAGUUCGAGCUCGAGCGCGGCUGGUCACGAUCCACCCUGUUUUCACUCGCUGUCCUCUUCCAAGACGUCGUCCUCCCCGAGCAGUGCGCACGCCACGGACUCCCCGCCGGACAAUCUGCAAGGCCUGCGGGGCCACGAACACUUCGUGGACUGCAAACCUCCCGCCGCAGACCCCUUAGGAACGAAGACGACCGUUGUUUCAGGUGGUAAGGCCGACCUGCCGGACCCAAUCAAGCGGUGCCCUCAGCCGGAGAGCCAAGUACCCACCUUAGCCGGUGUUCUGGGGGCGCUGAGGAAAAAAGUGGAAGCGCAGGUCGCCAAACCAGAACUUCCAGUGCCGCCGCAACGCUCGCCUCGAAGGUUCUUCAAAGUGCUGAGCUCCAGGAGCCCGAGUCCGACCUCACCGAAACCCGACAGCACCCGUCCACAACCAACUGUAGAAACGAAUAGCGGAGCUUCGAACGCGCCGCCAUCGUUAUCGAGCUCAGUUGCUGCCCCAGUUCCUAACAUAGCGAGGCCCUUAGCGACUAAGCCUCCGCCUCCGGCAUCGAGAAGGAGCCUGCGGUCUCUGGGCAGCUCUGGUUCCAAGGGCUCCGUGGAAAGAAACAAAAGCCUGGAGAACAUACUUAGCAGAAUCUCUGUGAGCCAGCCGUCGACGCCUUCGUCGUCGUCGUCGGCGCCGCUUCUGACGCAGGCCGUCCUGUGCGCGCAGAGACACCCUUCUCCGAGACCCGACCGGCGAGGAAGCGGUUCCCAAGCGGCUAUGGUCUUUCGCCCGGUCAACCUGUCGCCACUGAUGUCCCGCAGGUCUGCCUUCCGGCCCGCGACCGAGUGUCUCCUGGACCAGAGAAGGCAGAGCGGCGGGGGCGCGCCUCCGAUAGCGUUGCCGCACUGCGAGUUCUCCGCGUUGAGCAAAGUCAAGCCAGCCUGCGUGAAGGUGGCGCCGGUGAAAGUGCUGACGUCGCCUCCGGUCUCUUCGCCUCGCGUGCAGCUCUCGAUCGAGUCUGCACCCGAGGACGACGUCUGGCGCCGGCAGGAGAGCGUGGAACUCGAGUCGCCGGGCGUCGAGCUGCCGCCAUCAUUUCUGCGGCGUCCCGACACCGCGACGACUGCGAGGGAGACGGACGUGUGGACGCUCGCGCGGCAACAGCAGCCAGCGGCGGAGGAGGGCGCUCCGGCACGAAGUCACCGCAGGACGGCGUCUGGGUCUUCGACCACGCCGUUCGAGUCUCCGACGGCGAACCCGUCGCUGCUGCGGCUUCCAUCUCAGAAAUCGUGUGACGACGACUACCACACUGCGGACGAAAGCUUAGAAGACAGCCCGGAGGGACCCGGAGUCGGGCUUCCGGGCGAGGCUCGUCCGCGUUGCCUCAAGUCGCGCCGAGAGCGGUCGCUGCGCUCGCACACGAGUGGCGGCGGGGGUUCGAGCGCCUUCUCGUCGGUCUCUCAACGCCUGAGCAGGGACGACUCUGCCAGCUCGGCCGGUUUCGUGCUCGACUACCGGAGCGACGACGAUGACUACAUCGCCUCCUCGCUGAGCAAGCACGAAAGGUACGAGGACUUCCGGCGUCGAAUCCGCCGUCGAGGCCGGCGGCUUGCACGUCGACUGAGCCGCAGCCUGCGCGCCAGCUACUCGAGCGGCAGCAGCGACAUGGACGACAUCGACGAGGACCCCGAGCUGGGCUUCUCUCGGUCCCAGGCUCCCGUGUGCUCCGUGCGCGCGGCCAACUCGGAGCCCACGCUGCACGUCCUGCUGCCGACCAAGGGCUCGGCGCGCGAGCUGCCGGCGCUGUCCAUCGCCUCCGAGCUGGUCAUGACGUCUUCGCCCGGGCGGCGACAGACGCUGGUCAUGACCACGGGUCAGGGCAUGCCCAAGGCGUACUCCUUCGAUGGCGUCAAUCCGAACCUGCCAGUUCCUUUCAAGGCCAAGUUCAGGUGCAAGAAGCGGUUCGCGGAAGUGAGCCACGCGGAUUCCUGCGCAGUCGGUCUGACGCGGCAGGACACCGAGUUCAUCAAGGCGCACUCUUUCCGGCCGGUGUCGCCCGAUCUCUCGGCCGGCACUUCCGAAGAGGAGGACAACGUGGACAGCGCACCCGGCGAGCAAGAGGAAGAAGAGCCGCAAGACUUCGACACGGCCAGCGGCGACAGCGAAGACAGGAGGCGCGAAAGCUUCGUGUCCGUCGAGGAAGAACCUCCGAAGGAUUCGGAGGAACCUCAUCCGCCGCCAUCGUCUUUUCCGAUGCGCUUGUCGACGUCUGGCUUGCGGCCCGUGGCAACGUGCCGGUGGGCGCGCGACUGCGUCGACCCGUCGGGAGACGCGCAGCUCGAGGCACUCGUCCAAUGGAUCGCCGCCAGCGUCGCAGGGGUGCCCGGCCUGGUCAUCUACACCGGCGGGCAGCCCAGUCUCGAACAGCUGUCCCAAGUGAGCUUCAAGGUGGAGGAGCGCCACUGGACGGUGGGCGACCUGGCAUGCGAGACAUUGCGCUUCUGCCGUAAUCGAAUGGCGUUGCACGAAGGCCGCAACAGGUCCAGCAUUCAUCCCGGCACCACGCUAUUCUCCCAACUAUUAGGACAGAAUGCGACCGCAGCCACAACAGUGCCGAAUCAAGCGACUGCCGGAAAGAGCAGCUUCAGAUCCAGCCAGACUUGCGGCGACGGUGGCGGUAGGGGCGUGUUCCAGACCCACGACUCGCUGGAGUGAACGAAAGAACGAACUUUCAGCAACGAAGGACCUGAUAGCGCCGUGCCACCAGCAUGCUUUCGAACUCCUGUCUUUUUCUCUUGUGACGUAUACAAACGCUGUGACGUGUGUGCAGCGAUUUCAGUACGGACUCAACACGCAUUUCUCAUGCGUGCGGCCUAUCUCGUUCGAAGGGAAUCUCGUUUAAAGAUCUUUCGGUGUGUUUCUAGAAGAAAGUGAUGUUUCGUUCGUAUGUACGUGGUUCGUUUUGCCGGAGGGGAGAGGCCAAACGAACAAGUAUUCUUACGGUACAGUCAAGCGUUUUGUUUGCCCAUGUCCGCUGUUUGCUUUAAGUUAGUGUUCCAUAAGCUUCCAUAUCUCGUUGAGCUCUUGAUGAUUCAGCCCAGCGCCGCGCGAAAUACGUGAUUAGUACAAAUUGUGAGAACACCAACCCUGUAAUUUCGGUCAGUCUUUAUACCCAUGGUUUCACAUAGGCGACGUACAGCCGAGAGCACAGACUAUUACCUUUUCUUGAGUAAUUCGCGAUACUCAAGGGCGUAUAGUAAAGCGAUAUGUCGAGCAAUCGUGCUUCAUCCGAAAGUGACAUUGUUUCACGCAGAAAGCGAUGCAGAAAAAAAAAUUAGCCGUUUAACGUUUGCUCAUAUAGCUAGUCGGUAAAUGCAUAGUUCGUAUGUAUAACAGCGCACGCGUAACAAGAAACCAUGAAGACGCGGGACAGAAUGCUGAAGACACCGCACUCUGCCCUGUGUCCUCUUCAUUCUUGUUGCACCUAUGGUGCUCUUUACAUAUGAGCUAUAGUCGCUUGUUUACUUCUCUUAUAGUGAAACGCCUGAUCAGCCUUCGUGGAGCUUUGGCGCCGUAUUCUAGAAGUGGUAUAAUUAUGCAGACGCAGAGCUUUUAUCUCUGCGUCCGGCGAUGGUAGCGGUAGCACUUUAAUGUGUACACUGAAAUCGAAGCAAACAGCAGGGACCGGAAUGCUGCGAGUGUUACAAAGCCUCGUGGUCUGUCUCCUGUGGCGGACGUUCCGUGAGCUUGCAGAAGUUCAUAACUGAUAGCCAGGGAGCACUACACGAGACUCGAUCGUUAUACAGUUUUGGUCGCGUUUUCGGCCACGGCUUCAGUAGAGCGCCAGUGUUGCGUUGACUUUUGUCGCAUAGGGGAACAUCAUUCUUGCGAUCCUCGUGUACCUGGUUCGAGUGCGGACGCUCCUUAAUUGAACCGACGGACAAAACCACCAGCUCCCGCGGCUUCCGGUCCAGUGUCGAAAAUAAUGUGUGAAGCUAUACUUGCACUGCUAUGAAAUGCACUCCGAAGGCGCACGUGAUCAUGAGUGGUGAUGUGUCAUUGAAGGUCAUAAGACGCAUGACGUGGACGGAGUUUAACGAUAGCUUAAUGAAAGACUUAUAGGCUAGCGAAACGAUGAUGAAAACAUAUAUGGAAAUGUGUAUAAUAAGCCUGCAGGGUACCAGAUGGCCGUCUCUGUUAGAAACCUAGUGUUGUUUUUUCUCUUUGCUCCCUUCUCAGCGCGGGCUCUCCUCGUGUUCACCUCCCAAUGCACACCCGCCCUUAUACCACGUGAUUAUCGUGACGAUGACGAUUAGCGGUGUUUAACAGCGCUUCAGUUUUGGAAAUCUCGUGGCGCGAUGGUAUUGGUGAAACCACGAAGUGUACAAAGUAAAGGACAGUGGUACGUCCUACGUAAGGUUGCCGCUAUACCUUAGAAUACUCAAGUGUGUCUUCGUAGAUGUAUAAUUACCACAUCCACGUAAUUCCUCUCUUACCUGAUUGCUUUAUUUCGGUGGCACGUACGCUCCUGUUAGGUACCCAUCUAUACCUACAUCGUAUCUUUCGAUAACAAAAGCUCAGGACCUUGUAUUCACACCCCUUAACUGUAUAGAAUGGCAGUUGUUCCUGCAUCUGUUAUCUCCUCCAUGCACGAAAAAAGGAAAGAAAAAUCGAAAAUGCUCAAGCUUACACAUAAAAUUCUAGGCACGCCAACGUACAGGCGAUAGUUCUUUUUUUUUUUUUUUCGCUUUUCGAAUUGUCGAGACUGCAGUAACGUUUAAAAUACAUUUGUGUGCACUUUAGGCCAUGCAGCUGCGAGUCUGCAGCAGAUCUCACAGCCUCCUGUUUUACCACCUACGGCGUUUUUCCGGGGAAAUGCGCUCAACGUGAAAUUCCGCUUCGCGACAUAAAGCAGGUACCGGUUUUUGUAGCAUCCACAGAUAUUAUAACAUUAUCUGGAGCAGGGUCGUUUUCUUUGACGCAGGACCAUAAUCGCAUCUAGUUAAAGCCCAGAUAACACUCCCCCGGUAUAGUUUUCAAGGUGCAUUGUAAAUAUAUACUCCGAGGGAUGUUAUCAUUGUAUAUGCUUUUCGUAUUGCGUAACAUUAAGUGCUAACACACUUCACUUCCGGCGACCUGAAAUGAAAGAAUAUUGGCGGAUAUUUUUGGACACGUAUGUAAUAUCUGAAGUAUACACACAUUUAGUGUACUUGCCUUUUCGUGCAUCUAAGUAUCGAUACGCUUUUCUAGCACAAUUGCACUUGUUGUAUACGGGGCAUUACACUACCCAACAUACACGAACAGAUGAUGUAUUCAAGCCUUUAUUGCGAUCAUUGCGGCCUUACGCUUAGUCAGUCGCCUCUUGUAAGGAUAACUUGGAAAAUUGUAUCGCAUUUCGCGCUCAGUUUUGCAACAUUAUUUGUGGCGCUAUAACACCAGCUUUUUGUCACGGUUAUCCUUUGAUUUCGGCUUUCGCGCCUUGCACGACGAUUUCAUCGUUAUGUUAAUGAUGUGCCAAAUGCCAAGAAGCUGUCACGUACCUGUCCUGCGACUUCAGUGCUAUCAGCUCAGUCAACCAUUCAGGCACGCCCGCGACGCGGAUGGACUUGUAUAUCGUGAUGGUAUAUUGUCUCUCUAUACUCUUCUGCCGUUGAAUGUCAGUCUAUUAUGUAUACACCAAACGCAGAAGGUUCGCGGUGACCAACAAGCAGGUCCAUCGGCGUUCAUAAAAGGGUGCGUGCCAACUGUGAAUGCUUUGGUCACUGUGUAUUAUUUACCAGGCAUUCUUUCUUUUUCUAAGGCUAAGAUGAGUGAACGCUGUGUGACAUGUCUGUAGGCAUGACAAGCGCAUCAACGACGGGCUGUAUAUAUGACGCGAAUGCGCAGAAGCGAGUUUCCGAAUUCCUCAUUAUCUGGGAAAUCAACGAAGCUGCACUGAACGCACACUGAGAGUACAGAGUAAUUUCAUUCAGAAAGGAGCCCCCUCGUUUUCUUGCCAAGACCCGUUGACAAGACGAACCAAGCUGGAGACAACAAUAACAUUUAAAAGUGAAGCGUUUGCUGGUAGCAACUGCAUGCGGAGCGUAAACUGCGGACUAAACAACGGUAGCGCAAACUUCUGAGAAGCUACGAGUGUAGAGACGACGUCUUUGACUUGUCAUUCUUUAAUUCUUAUAAAGGUGUAAUUUAUAGCUUGGUACCCCAGAUAUUUCACUUUAAAUAACUGCUGCAAGAUGUGACGUCACCGCUAUCGCAUAGUACUUCGAAAUUGUGUGCCUAAAUCAAAAUGCAUUAAAGCUUGAGAUGCUCGAAUCACGCCAGUGCGCCCUAAAAUGAUCUUGGUGGACUUUCAACACUGACCAUGACUGUUACACCACUGGCUCUUUUGGAAGUAGCUUGAGGGAUGUAUUUCAUCAACUGUGUAUCAGCCAAUGUUGUCUGCGUACAGUAUUACAGAUAUCUUUAGUCGGCGCACGAUGCCAUGAAGUUUGACCGAAGACGGGCGCUAGAAUGGAACGCCCCUUUUCAACAAUACUCGUGACGGCUGCCAGUAGUGUACGCCAUGUUACUUAGUUACUGGGAAGCAGGAGCCGGCUUUUGAUCGACAAACCCGAGACUAAACUGCUUGGUUCCGGGUGCAUUGCUGCGCAAGGUCAUCCUGAGCAACCAGGCUCAGCUCAUACACACAGGACAAUUGAAGAUGGAACACACGUUCCCUGAGUACAUUGGUCUGCAAACUAGAUGGAGGAGUUAUGGAAUGGUACAGACUCAUUCAUUACUAUGGUGAGAAGAAUCUUAAUACGCACAUGCGAACAUGCGGUUGUACAAAUCAACACUUGUUAAAUUUCCACAAGAACCGGGGGAUGUGGCACGUGGUACCUGUGAAGCAGUAUUACGCCAGCCCUUAGCGCAUUCAAGUGCGCUACAGUUAUUUUGCCUCAAAAUAUAUCGAGGCCCAUCCAUUGCGCGCAUCUGGAAAUAUUGUAACUAUAGGCAUGAACUGGCUUGAUUGGUACGUCCUGUCUUGUGUGUGUUUGAGCUGAGCACAAAUCGAAUUGUCAUAAUUUGCCAUUCUAGUUAUAUGUAUCGAAUAUGAAAGUUUAGUUCUGUGCAGUUUACAAGGAUUACGUUACUACCUGUUUCUAUGUGUUACGCCGAAAGAAAGCAUCCGUUGACUAGAGCUCAAUUCGUAAUUCCGAUGCGGUUACACCAUGGCAUCCGCAUAAAAAGAAUGUAGCGACUUCCACGAACCUUCACGUUUGGAUACGCCUGAAUUGAGGAUAUCAGUAUGUGUCACCUAAUUAAAACUCAUCGAGUGCCUUAUGCUUUGCGGUCUGCGAAAACAAGAGUGUACAUAAUACCAGUGUUUGGCGGCAGGGACAUCGCUGCGAAAGCUGUAGCUCGCUGCAUUGUGUUGCUUUGCGCACUGCGUGUACAUAUAUACUUAUUUUUGUGCAGGGUCGAUGGUUUCAUCACCAUCAUACAGCGAAAAGGUCAAUGAUCAUCAUUUUCUUGUAGCGUUUCGAUUUGAGCAAUGUUAAAAUGGUGUUUACGUGCCAGAGUGUACGGUAUAUACAUUUCUGUCUUCGUCAGUUUAUUGAAACAAUAAAGCUGUUCCAAGCAAGAA